CACCCCACCCCCAAGGCGCUCCUCUUUCGGCAGAUUUCCCACUGAGAAAGUAAGCGAAGCUUUCUCCGGCAGCCCAUCCGGAACGCCAUGAAUCUGUUCCGCUUCCUGGGAGACAUCUCGCAUCUGUUGGCUAUAAUCAUCUUGCUGUUGAAGAUCUGGAAGACCAGAUCCUGUGCUGGGAUCUCUGGGAAGAGCCAAGCUCUCUUUGCCAUUGUCUUCACUACUCGGUACCUAGAUCUAUUUACGAACUACAUCUCGUUGUAUAACACCUCCAUGAAGGUGGUGUAUGUUGCCUGUUCCUAUGCUACGGUAUGGAUGAUCUAUAACAAAUUCAAAGCCACCUAUGAUGGCAACCAUGAUACCUUCAGAGUGGAAUUCCUGGUCAUUCCGACAGCAGUGUUAGCGUUCCUAGUAAAUCAUGAUUUCACACCCCUAGAGAUUCUCUGGACCUUCUCCAUUUACCUGGAGUCAGUGGCUAUUUUGCCACAACUCUUCAUGGUCAGUAAAACAGGUGAGGCAGAGACCAUCACAAGUCAUUACCUCUUCGCUUUGGGAGUCUACCGUGCCCUCUACCUGUUCAACUGGAUUUGGCGCUACCAGUUUGAGGGGUUCUUCGACCUCAUUGCCAUUGUGGCUGGUUUGGUGCAAACGAUACUGUACUGCGAUUUCUUCUACCUCUACAUUACAAAAGUUCUAAAAGGCAAGAAGUUGAGUUUGCCUGCAUAAGUUAAGAUCAAGACUGCAACUAAAUACUUUGGCCAAGGAGAAUGAAAGGAAAGCUUCACAGAAAAUUGAGAUUUCUUUAAAAAUAUUAAGUGUCCUAUUGAUCUCAACUUCCACCCAGAACUUUGAUCUAAGCGUGGUUUGAGACAAAACAACGGAUGGUCCUUCUACAAAACAGACUGCUAUAGUUGGGGGUGAAGUGAAGCACAGCUUGAAUCCCAAGCUAACAAUGACUAUUCCUGGUUAAUAUGUAGAUUGUAGAUUUUUGGGUUUUUUUAACCCAUUUUGAUCAUUCUCUGUGUCUAUAAUGCUUGAGUAUUAUUUUUUGAUGAAUCAGCACAAGUAGGAAAUACAUUUUCAAAAAGUCUGUUAUCUGUAUCCUCUUAGUUUGGGUGUCAUGUUGAUAACUGCUAAUAUGAAAUGCAAGCUUUUCUGUUCAUGAAGGCCUGGUGCUACAAAAUUAUCCAGAUAAGACAGGAAUGCUUACAAAUUGUUUCUUUAAGUCUGGGUUUCCUUGGAUCUCACUUUUUGAAACAUCAGUGGCAAGAAAAUACCUUCUCCUUUAAAUAUUUGUCACUUACUUUCUCUUCAUUUUUGUAUUAUUUGAUGGUUAAAUCUUCAUCCACUAUAAAUAAAACCGAAAAACUCUUCCCCUUAUUAAUUAGUGCCUUCGUGGGAAGGAUGGGAAUUUAAAUAAAAAUAAAUUCUGCUUUCCGUGUUUGUAAUCUUUGUGCUUCAGGGUAUAUUGUGCUAUUCAUGUCUUCAUUGUCCCAUAUUAACUUUUUUAUCCUGCUUUUUCUGAUCUCUCUUAAAGCAGUGACUUAUUCUCCUGGGGUCUAUAUUAAAUGCUUGUAUUAGAACAUGUUUUCUAUAAAUGCCACGUAACUGCUGCUUCUUGAUACAUCAUCUCUGAAUUGAUAACAAAGUUGUAUGUUUUCAUAUGACAAGAACAAUUUUAAUGCUAUGAACCUGAACAAUCAGUGAAACUAAUUGAAGCCAUGUUUCAGCCAAUCUAGACUUCCAAUUUGUAUUACACCUUGAUUUAAAGUAUAUGUAUGCUUACUCAAAAGCAAAAUCUUUGGAAUAUUUGCUUUGAAACCAUGAAGGCAAGAUUGCACACACAACAUGUAAUUGUAUACAAUUACUUAGAAAUAAAUCUCAUU